AUGGUGGCAAAUAUGAUCAUGCGGUUAAUGGCUAUGAAUUCGAUACAACUUCACAGAGGUAUUGUGCAAAUAUGUCCACCAGAUAGUGAAGUCAUAGAUGGUAUUGGUGGAUGUGCUAACAAAACAACCAACACCACAAUAUUUCCAGCUGGAUCUCGAUGUGCUUCAAAGCCUUGCGGAGAUAGGGGUGUUUGUUUUGAUUUUCCAUCAGCUAAUGGAUAUUAUUGUGAAUGUUCUUAUCCAUAUACAGGUCUUAAUUGUCAAGCAGAAUACCGAGAAUGUCCUCGAUUUGCAUGUGGUAACAGAACAUCAAAGAUUGUUCCAAUGUGUUCUGAUUAUACAUCGGACAAAGCUCUUCCUUACAUUUGCACUUGUUUGAUGCUCAAUGCUCCUGUAGAAAUGAGGUUUGCACUCAAUAAUUGUCACAAUGAAAAGUUAUUCUCACUGAAUUGUGGUGGAGCAGAACGUGUUGGUGCAGUACCAUUUACUAACAAAGGCUUCUAUAUUUGCUCUGGUUCAGUAGGAGUAUCGGUGAGAUCAUGUGACUUACAUCAUGUGUGGAAUGACACACAAAAAGAAUGUGUACCUGAACAUACACCACCUUAA